UUACAGCAACUUCCUUAGCAACACAAAUCCCUAGCAACUGCAUAGCAUGUUUAGCGAGCCCCUGCUAGCUACUCAAACUUUACUUCAUUGUGACGUUAAAUUACUAUAACUGCUUGGAAAAACGACCGAAAAACAAUUCAACCUAAACACGAAGAUUAUUGAAUAAUUGCUAAAUAGCUAGUUAAGGUCGUGUUGUUCAAGCCAUGUUUGUGUGACGACAUGAAUUAUCGACAGUGGUGCUGUAUACAUUUAUAUGUGUUUUUCUUUUUGGGGAGUUUUGCACAAACCGUUACCGAAACGGGGACUACGCCGACCACCACUUCCAACUCAACAAGUCUGGAGCCUGUCGGCCCAACAACCCCUUCUCCGGGGGUCACUGAUGGGGAGAACUACACUAGUUCCCCCACUGAGAGAAUCGAGGCCGUAUCAAACUCCACUGGAACCGCUGAAAGACCUCUAACAGACAAGGGCCUGACUUUCACUCCAGCUGGUCGAUCACCGGCGGUAAUCCCAGUAACAUGCGUCUGUGAUCUCACGCCUGAUUUCUGUGAUAUCGGCUGCUGUUGUGACGUGGUGGACUGCGGCAUUGAUAACCUGACUACCAUCUUCAGCGGCUGUCCACAGAAAGCCAUAUCUGGAGACUGCAUUGAGAAAUGGAUGAUGUUCCACGCCAAUGUGAAUUUAUCGUCUGUCACUGUGACUGAUUCUUUGUUUUGUGUCCAUUCUGGAGAUGACACAUUUAAGGUCUCUGUUUCUCCACCGCAGUCUCCAGCUUUAGGGGACUCUUAUCAUUUCUCACCCCCAAAACCAACAGGCGUCGGUCACAGCAGACCUUUUUAUCGGGCCGAUGACGUCAUCCAGACGUUCUUCCCUAUGUCAUCUGUGCGAGGCCUCCUUCGGCAGCCGUCUCCGGGGGCGACCACCGCAAUGUGUCUUAAUCGCAACCCUGCACGGUUUCUGAGGUCACAGUCUCUGUCUUGUACUCGCAUGGUAACCCCUCAGUCUUGCACCGAAGACUCAAAUCUCAGCGCUCUCUCCUACCACUCAGAUCUGAGUCUUGUUAAAAUUCCAAAACCCGAGAAAGAGCAAGUGUCAGACUUUUUGAUCGCAGUUUCCCCAGUUUCUGACUGGCCUGUACCAAGUGAGCAAAACAACACUUGUGUUAAAGUGGCAAAGAAGGUGGACUUUGUCAUAGCGUACACAGACAGAGGAGAACUGGCAGAAGCGACCGUGAAUGUACUUUUAGCUGAUGUUAAAAUGGGGCAGUUGCUACAACAGGUUCACUCAGUACAAUUCAAGCUGGUGACUUCUAGCCAAUCUACACGACCACAGACCCCCACAGUUGGACUACGGGUGGGAGCUGCGGUUAUCGGUCGCUUUAAUGGAGCAGCUGAACCUGUGACCAUAAUGGGGGUGUCUCCAGGCGGGGCGUGUUCCUCUCGCCUGAGCGCGCGGUCAAUCAUCCUCUUUGCACACAACACCAUCACAGGCUGCACAUUAAGAUCUUCUUCUGAGGACUGCUCAGAGAUGCGUUCCCGGAUUUACGACAUCUUGCGAGGAACAGCCAUCCCUGAUGUCAUGGCCAUGAACUCAGGCUCCGAGCCCGACUGGACGAGAGUCCUCAAGCAGGAGUGUCUUGUCAACUCGGAGGAAACAUGUGAUUCAGGCUGCACCCUUCCAUACCGUCUCUCUGUGCAAGUGCUAUGGGCUCACAUGGGCCUCCUGCAUCUUCCUCAAAGUUACAUUCUGGGAGCUAAAUAUCUUUUCCAGUGUCGCAAGUUCAAGUGUCCUCUGGUGUCACCUGUCACGCUAACCACUGAGGUGGCAUUUGCUGACAUGACAGUUUACCCCAAACUCUACGAGGGCUUUGGGUCAAUUUAAAGGACAUCUUAAGUUUAAUGCUGCUCAAUGUCAGGUCAGAAUUCUUUAGCCGGUAAGUGGAUCAUAGACGAUGUUGUUUUUUUUCUUCAAGUUUAAAACCUGCAGACCCAAUUAUACAAAUUACAUUUAGUGAAUGUUCACUGAAAGAGAAAACGUCAAGAAAAAGUACACAUGAUUGUUUGUGUGGUCUUAAAAUAUGGUAAUUUAUUUGUGAACAUUUUAAGUAUGAGCAUCUCAGGUGAAUAUGUGUAAAUAUUUUUUCAUACAAAGCUUUUCUUCACUCUUUUUGGUGGGGUUAGCUCCUCUGCAUUCUUUUCAGCUUCCUGUCCGAGUGUCGAACAUAGUUGAAAAGGUUGACGAUCGCAGCCGGAGUUAUUCCUUGCAAACGUGUUGCAGCACCCAACUAGGAAACACAGUGCACUGCUUUAUUAAAUACUACAAAAUACAUUAUAAGGACAAGUUGGGCACUGAGUCCGGACUCACUGUGGUGGGCCGAACUCUGUCCAAAAUCUCUCUGACUUCCUGAGAGAGAGACACCGGCAGAGAGAAGUAGUCCAAGUCCUGUGGGAGAGACAUGCUCUCUUCCUUUUGAAUUCUCUCCAUUUCCUUUUGCUGGUACAUAUAGUGGGGCCUGUACACAGCUGCACAGGAGACAUUGCCAAAGAACAUUAUGAUGUUCAGUUGGUUGUACAAUACAGUAUAAUAAAAAAAAAACAAAAAAAAAAACAUGUUUAUUUAUUUUUGUGAGGCAAAAUGUACUUUACAUUAAUAAGUGUAAUAUUCAAGAAAAACUGACAAAACAUCCCACUUUUCCAUGAUUCACUAUUGUUGUUUUAUUGUUUUUUCCACUAAUAACUUUCUUCAUGAUUAUGAUUGGCCACACUUCCAGGAAGAGAUGAACCGGGGGCCGGACUUCUCCCUUUACUAUUAGUCUUAUUUUGUAUAUCAGGGAGAACCAGCGUCCUCUACAGUAGACAUUGGAUUUUGGCUGUAUUGUCAGAGUUAUACGAGCACUUUUGCUGUUUUUAAGGAUAUUCUGAAAAAAAGUAAGUCAAAGAUCAUGUCUAAGACAGCACUCUACUGUUAUUAAGAAUCUGCUGCAAAAAUGUGAGUAUUUUAUAAGUGUUUUUUUUAACUGGACUCGUGGUCGAGUAGGCCAAUUUAUAAAAAAGACAAAAUGGAAUUUUAAGGAACACCACUAGCAUAACUGAAUAAGUUGGACAAAUGACUACUGACUGCAACUGAAGUAAACUACAGCAACACCUUAGUUAUAUAAAUCAAAUUACAAAAAAAAGUGUAACUGUUAAAAAAGAGAGGACUUUAAAGGGGUGCCUUGAGGAAUGCCUCAGUCAUGUAAAUAAGAAGUUUGGACCCCAGUGUUCUGUUUGCUAGCAAAGAUCUGCCAUUGUGUUUACAGGGGUCCAAGUUCCUCUAUACAACAAUAGCGCUCGAGUGUUUUUAGGAAUUUCUGCAAAAAUGUUUGUCUCACAAGUUUUGUGCUAGACUUGGGGCCCAGUAUGGUGACAUUCCUGGGCCACCAGUAGAAGAGCCCUGGGCUAUGGUGUCACCUGCUACUUUGGCUAAAUGUGUUUUCAUGUGGACAUUUGGAUAUUUACUUUCUAAAUGAGGCUGUUAUUGUGUCAGUUGUUCUCUAUUGUGGUGUUACGCUUUGGUGGUCCAUAGUAAUUAUAAGGCAGCAUCAGCGGGAUGUUGUUAUUGUCGAGCAUUGCAUAGCCAGUGGAUUAUUUGGGCUUGUCACCUUCUAUCUUCAGCCUUUGUGCAAAUUCCCUGUACGCUGAAAGGCAUUCUGGGAAGGCGGCUGCUAACGUUUCAAAGGACACGUCGUUGUACUGUAACAGCUCUGAGCCACUGAAAGAGAAACCCUAUACCUGAGGACAUAAAACUUGACCACGAACACACUUUUAUGUAAUUCUAAGAAGUUGUAAAACUUGCGUCAGAAUGCCAGCCUUCGUCUCACUGAUGUGCACAUGUGGAAGCUUGUCUCUCCAGUUGAUGAUGGACAUGGAGACAUCCUGGAGAGCUGCUAGAGCUUCCUGAAGGCUGUCCCGCACUCGCACAGUCCCCUUGUACCGCAUGGAUGACACACAUCCCACCUCCUCAAAACCUAAAAAUGUAGAGAUAUAUGCAAUAAUCACUUUCAAAGAGUUCUGCAAACAUGUUUACCUUUCAGUGUUAGGCGCAAGUCUGCGUUGUCCGGCCUUAGAGACGUGCGAAACUCAGCCCGACUUGUGAACAUCCUGUAUGGUUCCGUGACACCUCGCGUUAUCAGGUCGUCGAUAAGAACGCCAAUGUAGCUAUUAGUCCGAGACAGCGCCAUUGUCGGCAUGGAGAGAGCCGCACGGGCAGCGUUGACCCCCGCCCACAAGCCCUGCAUAAAACAGUGAGCAAGGUCUUGGCACCUAUGCAUAAAAAAAACGUUGAAUGUACCUACCUGUGCUGCAGCCUCCUCGUACCCUGUGGUCCCGUUAAUCUGCCCGGCGAGAAAGAGACCCUGAGUGCUUUUCACCUGCAGUGCAGGGCUCAGCUGAGUCGGGCACACAAAGUCAUACUGCACACCAUAACCUGCAUGGGUCCAAUGUAACAAAAUUCCAUCUCAAACAACACAUUAUUGAGUUGGUAAUAGAAAGCCCCUUUAUCAAGUCAUGUACCAGGUGUCUGGAUUUCGGCUCUGCGCAAGGCCGGGAUCUCUCUGAUGAGGCGGAGUUGAAUGUCAGGGGGCAUAGUCAUAGACAGACCCUGAGGGUAUAUGAGGUCAGAGGUCAUGCCUUCAGGCUCCAGCCACACCUGAUGCUUGCGGCCCGGAAAGCGAAGUACUUUGGACUCAAUUGAGGGACAGUACCUAAAGAGACAAAUAGACAAGGAGGUUUUAUUACGGUACCUCAAUUUACAAAUCCUUCAUUAGUUCGAGCCUGAAAUGCUUUUGUGUGCGAACCAUGUCUCUGUGUACGUACACUUCAUUCAUUUUGUGUCCAGCCUGCAGGCUAAAAGCAGGGCGCAGCAUUUUCAAGGAGGCGGACCCUCCACUUCACUUGCUGUGCACUAUAAUACUAGUCACUUCUCAGCGCUUCAGCGUGUGUGCCAUUUCUGAGUUUUUUCACCUUUGACAGGUUUUGUCCAUUUUGCUAGUUGAAUAUGAGUGCCAAAAAGGAUACAGGCGAGCAUGUAAAGGAGAAGUGAAUCACAAUGGAGUUGGAAAAAAUACUAUUUGCGAGGAGUGCAAGUAAGAAAGACUCUACAGCAAGUUUAGUUGUGAUGAGCUAGGACAUUUGUGAAAAAUAUGCCAAAGCAAACAUAUCCCUGUGGCGGAGAAAAACUAUAGCACAGCUGAACUAGAAGUAGCUCUUCAAAGGCACACAGGCGCACACAUCGCCCCUCAAUCAAUCAAUCAAUGUUUAUUUAUAUAGCCCUAAAUCAGAAGUGUCUCAAAAGGCUGCACAAGCCACAACAACAUCCGCGGUACAGAGCCCACAUAAGGGCAAGGAAAAACUCACCCCAGUGGGACGUCAAUGUGAAUGACAGAGGCUGCAUAUGUGGGCAACCACCAUUCCUCUAGGGGAAACUGAAAGCAAAGUUCAGUCCAUAGUGGAUCUAACAUAAUAGUGAGAGUCUAGUCCAUAGUGGGGCCAGCUGGACACCAUCCCAAGCGGAGACAGGUCAGCAGCGCAGAGAUGUCCCCAAACUAUGCACAAGUGAGCGGUCCACCCCUGGUCCUGACUCUGGACAGCCAGCUUCAUCCAUGGCCAACGGAUCAGUGUCUCCUCCUCCCCCCUACCCACAAGGGAGAGGGGGGCAGAGGAGAAAAGAAAAGAAAUGGCAGAUCAACCCCUCCCCCUAAAACCCUCUUGUCUCUCCCGCUGUCUGCUACUUUCUUGUUAGCUCCUCCUUUGCUAAUGUUAAAUCUUAAUUCUAUCCAUCCAUUUCUACCGCUUAUUCCCUUUGGGGUCACGGGGGGGGGGGGGCGCUAGUGCCUAUCUCAGCUACAAUCGGGCAGAAGGUGGGGUACACCCUGGACAAGUCGCCACCUCAUCGCAGUAAAUCUUAAUUUUUGCACCAAUAUAAGUUAAGGAUUUUGUGUUAUUUGACCAAUUGUGAGGGCACCAAAGGGACUUCUGUGGGGUUGUGUGCGCAUGUUGGCAGAGCAGCGCAUACAGAGAUCAGCAGCUUGUUGUUGUAUUGGCUCGUUAAUAAAGAUAAAAGUUGAUCCAUCACCCCAUUAUUAUGUUUCUUACUGUAUUGCACUUACUAGUGUACUCACAAUGUACAAACCUUCACUAAAGGCUAUGUUCACACUGCAGGGUCGGAUGUCCAAUUCAGAUUUGUUUUGUCAAAUUUGAUCUUUUUAGUGUUAGUUCACAUUACAAAAAUAAAUAGAUUUCUAAUGUGAUGCAAUCUGACCCGCAUGCAGACAUGAUGUCAUGACUUCGCACGCAGUGCACUCUCGUGAGUCUACGUACUGGCACAUUUGUGAAAAAUUCAACGAUUUUGUGCAAUCAAACUCAAAGUUUUCUGAAGGUAAUUAUUGCACGUGGAACAUUAAGAAGGAAAAGGACAAGUUUUUUGGCUCUGGCAUUUUUCGGGAAUAUUUUGCUUCAAUGUCUGCUUGAAAAGCCUGUCUGUGGGCGAGUGAGUGAUUGAGUAGUCGAGUAUGUCCAGCAGACCUGAACCCAAUAGAGCACAUGAGGGGCAUCCUCAAGCGGAAAGAGGAGCGCAAGGUAUCUAACAUGGCUCUGUGUUAUUUUGGUAACAGUAAUUAUAUAUUGUUUGAGGCUGUACACUGACCCCACUUAUAUAAUAUCCCAGCAUCAUUUCUAAUGUUUCUACCUUGAGAAGUUGAUAUAUAGUAGUAAAUACAGUGGAACCUCAAUUUACCAACCCCUCAUUGUACAAACUUCCAAUUACAAACCACAGACUGUUUUUGCCAUUUUAACAUUUUUCUUAUUUUGCUAACUCAAUAUGAGUAAAGAAAGCAAAGAACAAGUGAAGUGUGGUUUGAAACAUUCAGGAAGUAUCCACAGCAUAGUCAACACUGCCUUUCCCCCCCACACUUCUCGCUAAGCAAAGAAAAUUAACAUCAACAUCAAGUGGAUUUUAUUUUGUAUUCCUAAUCAAUGUACCGAAUGGGAUGUAAAAGUUAGGGAGUUUUGUGAUUUCAAACUGAAUGCAUUACAAUGCUAGGGACUGUGUGUGUGUGUGUGUGUGUGUGUGUGUGUGUGUGUGUGUGUGUGUGUGUGUGUGUGUGUGUGUGUGUGUGUGUGUGUGUGUGUGUGUGUGUGUGUGUGUGUGUGUGUGCGUGCGUGCGUGCGUGCGUGCGUGCGUGCGUGCGUGCGUGCGUGCGUGCGUGCGUGCGUGCGUGCGUGCGUGCGUGCUGGCAGGGCAGCUACAAAUGAGCCUUUCACAGCUCGGCUAAAUGUUGUUUUGACUCUGCUAUUAAAUAGUCGAUCCAUCACACCCUUGUUAUGUUUGUUUAAUAUACAACACUGUAUAUAAUGCUUUAUAUUGUUUUCAAAGUGUAUCCACUUUUUCUAAAGUAUGGAAUUUUGUUGAGGCUGAAACCCAUUAUUCAUGUUACAUUGUUAUGGAGAAAUUUGCUUCAAUAUACACACUUUUCUAUUAACGAACACUGUUGAAGAACUAUUUUAAUUCUUAUGUCGAGGUUCCACUGUAAUUAAAAUUAUAUUUUAUAAUGAUUGCCGGAAUGUGCUGGAUGUACAACUUUGUGUGAUAUUGUACAUUGCCAAUCAAAAAUGAAUAUGCUAUAACAACUGAG